CAGUAAUCGGACAACUCUCUUUCUCACUGGGACUGGGUCUCAAGAGAUACGGCGCGGGGCUCCAUGGGUUCCAACACCUAAAAUGAAAAAGAAAAAGUAGUCUUGUAGUUUACGCUCACUGUGCUACAGAUUCUGGCAGCAGCUGAAGAAGCGCUUCAGAGUGUCUGCUGUCCACCUCUGCUGGACUGACUGAUCGGUCUGUAGACGAUUCUUGUUUUUAAGAAAGAGGACGGGAUAAACACGCAGGGAUUCAACCACAAUUGUAGUCUAUGGAAAUGCAGGAUCUAGCCAGUCCUCACAGCCGAGUAAGUGGAAGCAGUGAAUCUCCUAAUGGUCCCAACCUCGACAACUCACACAUCAAUAACAAUUCCAUGACACCCAAUGGCACUGAAGGUGAUAACAUCACAAUGCUUACCACUGCAGACUGGUUGUUAGGUUCUAACUCACAGUCCGCUGCAGUUAAAACCGAGCCAAUGAGCAGCAGCGAAAUCCUCACCUCAGUAGCAGACACCUCUCUAGACAGCUUCUCAGGAUCAGCCAUUGGAACCAGUGGCUUCAGCCCAAGACAAACUCACCAGUUCUCUCCACAGAUUUACCCUUCCAACAGAACAUAUCCGCAUAUUCUUCCUACCCCUUCAUCCCAAAAUAUGGCUGCGUAUGGGCAGACGCAGUACACCACAGGAAUGCAGCAGGCCGCAGCUUAUGCUAGCUACCCCCAGCCUGGCCAGCCGUAUGGCAUCCCAGCUUAUGGCAUAAAGACGGAGGGGGGCCUGAGCCAGUCCCAGUCCCCUGGACAGACGGGCUUCCUCAGCUACGGCUCUGGCUUCACCACGCCGCAGACAGGGCAAGCCCCCUACAGCUACCAGAUGCAGGGUGGUACUUUUACAACAACAUCGGGAUUGUAUCCAGGAAACAACUCCCUGACGAACUCCACCGGCUUCAACAGCACACAACAGGAAUACUCGAGUUAUCCAGCCUUUGGCCAGGGCCAGUAUGCUCAGUAUUACAACAGUUCCCCCUACACUUCACCCUACAUGACAAGUAACAACACUAGUCCCAGCACACCCUCCACCACCACCACCUAUACCCUCCAGGAGCCGCCCACUGGCAUCACUAGCCAGGCGCUCACGGACAACUCUGUCGGCAUCCCCGACAACUCUGCAGGAGAGUACAGUACCAUCCACAGUCCAUCAACCCCCAUUAAAGAUUCAGAAUCGGAUCGAUUGCGCCGGGCCUCGGAUGGAAAGUCACGUGGCCGGGGGAGAAGGAACAACAACCCAUCACCGCCGCCCGACUCCGACCUUGAGCGAGUUUUCAUCUGGGACCUGGAUGAAACAAUCAUCGUUUUCCAUUCCUUGCUCACGGGGUCCUACGCCAACAGAUAUGGACGGGACCCACCGACCUCUGUAUCGUUAGGCCUGAGGAUGGAAGAAAUGAUCUUCAACUUGGCUGACACACACUUAUUCUUUAACGACUUAGAGGAAUGUGACCAGGUACAUAUUGACGAUGUGUCGUCCGAUGACAACGGUCAGGAUCUAAGUACGUAUAACUUUGGCGCGGACGGUUUCCAUGCAGCGGCGACCAGUGCCAACCUGUGUCUGGCCACGGGCGUGCGCGGAGGCGUGGACUGGAUGAGAAAGCUGGCCUUCCGCUACAGACGCGUAAAAGAAAUCUACACCACCUACAAAAAUAACGUUGGAGGUCUGCUGGGCCCGGCCAAAAGGGAAGCCUGGUUGCAAUUGCGAGCAGAAAUUGAAGCCUUGACGGACUCCUGGUUAACACUGGCACUGAAAGCACUAACAUUAAUCCACUCAAGGUCAAACUGUGUGAAUAUCCUGGUGACCACCACGCAGCUCAUCCCCGCCCUGGCUAAGGUCCUGCUCUAUGGCUUGGGAAUCGUCUUUCCAAUCGAGAAUAUUUAUAGUGCAACCAAAAUAGGGAAGGAGAGCUGCUUCGAGAGGGUAAUUCAAAGGUUCGGGAGGAAAGUUGUUUACAUUGUCGUUGGAGACGGCGUGGAAGAGGAGCAAGGCUCGAAAAAGCACAACAUGCCCUUCUGGAGGAUCUCCAGCCAUUCAGACCUCAUGGCCCUCCACCACGCUCUCGACCUGGAGUACUUGUAGCACCACCACCACCACCACUGAACACCGUGCUCCACCUCACAACCCCUGCCACCUUUCACCUUCGCCCUCCAGCCCCCGUCAAACGCUUGCCGCAGACCCCACAGCCCAGAAAAAUGAAAAGAAAAAAAAAUCGCCGCCCCCCCCCCCCCCCCCCCUGCGCUGCCUGUCGUCCGUCUUCCACUUCACAGGGAGAAGAGAAGAGGAGGAUGGAAAAAGAAAAAAGAAGGCUGAGCACACGGUUAAUGUGCUGACACACCGUCACACUUUGUCUUAACCUGAACCUUUUUUCCUUUUUUUUUUUUUUUAUUUUGUAUCUGGAAGCGAAGGCGAGAGGUGAAUUUACGGCGCUGCAGCUGCUCGCCCUGGUUACUGUGAAUUGGCGGCGCUCUGAAGCUGUCGCAGUGUUUUACGGCGCCCUGUUUGUGCCGGGACUCUGUCAGGGUUCACACCUGUGAGGAGAGCAAGGCUACCGACGGCCCCGCCUGCCUCGCCUCACCUCGCCCCUCACAACUCAGCUCCAGCGCACCACAGGCCCCCCGACUACUGCUGGUGACAAUUCUCCGCUCCCUCUCGCCCCCUCCCUCUCUCUCUCCCUCUCUCCCCUUGCUCUUCUUUCCUUUCCUUAUCUGCCCCCCGCCCCCCCCCCCCCCCCCUGUCAUGGGACGGACAGACAAAGCGACUGCUCCUCUGUUAACUGUCGGCCUGGGAGUCCUGUGCUUCUUAUUUAUGAACGGAGACUUUGUGCGUGGCGCCGCUGAGAAGGAACCUCGGCGACAAAAGACUCGUGCCUUCUGCGAAGUACUGUUGAUUUCCACCGCAGCGAGAGGAAGACGUUUAUGGAAGAAACACAAAAAAAAAAGGGGGGGGGUUUUCUAAUAAUUUAAGAAAAUUACAAAAAACUUUAUUUACAAUGCUGAGACAAUCGUGUACAGAGGAAAUCUUCUUUUUUUUUGUGUGUGUAAGUUUGUAAUCACUGGACUAUUCCUUCCUAUAUUCAUUUAGGUACGUGCUCUUGAAAGGCGGCAAUGCUUCUUCAUGAAGUAAAAAAAAAAAAAAAAGAAUAAAGGCAUCCCAUCGCACGCGCGCUUUGUGCGACGCCUGGAAGUGUUGAUGUGUUUCGAGUUUUGUUCAGUAAACAAAUAUGUAGAUAAUGGGAUUUUGUGAUAAAUCGUUUUUGUCAAGACCAAAAGCAUGGAUGUCAAGUGUCAACGACCUUUCAUCGGAUUCUGUGAUGUUUUCUCGGCCUUACAGGAAACGUCAGUCAUUUCUAAAGCGUUACAGGUCUCCUCUAUUGCAAAACCUUUCUAGACUCCUUUCAAAGGGAAAGAAAUAUUUGUGUUCUUUGUUUUGUUUUUGUUUUUCGGAAAGGUAGCUCACAACUUGUUUCCUUACGGCAUCUCACCAGCUUGCAGCCCUGACCCCAUAUAUAUAUAUAUUUGAAGGCAAACUGAAUUCUGAAGAGGCUUUUUGGAUGUGGCAUAAGGCAGUGUCCUGCCUCCUAUGAGCCAUUUUAACAACAAAUUUGAAUAAAUCUGAUAUUUAAAAUAAUAAAAAAGGCAGGCUUGAAUAGGUUUUAUUAUCUUUUAUACAGGCGCUAUAAAAACUCUUGUACAGCGAGCGUAAUUUUGUAUGAUGUAGUGUUUUUAUUUCGACUUUGAAAAUACAUUCUGUGUCCCUGUUUUGAAGUAGCUGAACUACACGGAGCCCUUUCCAUAGCGCUUCUACAUCUGUGGAUGGGGAAACCAUAAUUAACGUUUAGAGAAAAGCCACUAACUUCGAGGGGUUUGUGAACAUACAGGACAUGUGCUAUCGACUGUGAAUUUCUUAAGCAGAAACUCGACUCGUGUUUCUCAUUUUUUCCUCCUUUGCACAUGAUCACUGCUGGCCUUUACAUUUCAAUUAGGAUCCCUCUCUCCCUCCCCCCCUAACGUUCCCCAACCCAUCCCCCCCACAUCUACUCGAAACAACUCCCCCCCCCCCCCGAGCUGCGGGGUAUCUACAUAUUGCUGCUAGAUCAAGGUGAUGGUAGGUAAAUAGAGGAAAUGUUUUAUAGAUUCAUACAGCACGCUUUUUUUAUUAUUAUGUUGCAAUCAUAAAUGCAAACUGGAAAUACUUCACACUACAUGGGCCUCAUUGUGAAACGCAAAAGAUUGUUGUGUCUGCAAAAUAUGUGUACAGAUGUUUUUGACAUUAUUAUUUGAUUGUGUUUAAAUUAAUAAAACUGAUUUGUGAACU